AUGGGGCAUCCUCUUCUCCCACCCGCGGGACUUCACACCCGUCUGCACCACGGAGCUGGGCCGGGCGGCGAAGCUGGCGCCUGAAUUCAGCAAGCGCAACGUGAAGAUGAUCGCCCUCUCCAUCGACAGCGUCCAAGACCACCUCUCCUGGAGCAAGGACAUCAACGCGUACAAUGGGGAACAGCCUGAAGAGAAACUCCCCUUCCCUAUCAUUGCUGAUGCAAACCGGGAGCUCGCUGUCAAGCUGGGCAUGCUGGACCCAGACGAGCGGGACAAGGCCGGCAUGCCCCUGACUGCUCGCGUGGUGUUCGUUUUUGGCCCGGAUAAGAAGCUGAAACUCUCCAUCCUGUACCCAGCCACCACCGGGAGGAACUUUGAUGAGAUCCUGAGAGUGGUGGACUCCCUGCAGUUGACAGCGUACAAGAAAGUUGCUACUCCUGUGGACUGGAAGCCUGGUGACAGCGUCAUGGUUGUGCCCACCUUACCUGAUGACGAAGCCAAGAAGCUCUUUCCCAAAGGGGUCUUCACAAAGGAUCUCCCAUCUGGCAAGAAGUACCUGCGUUACACCCCGCAGCCAGAGUGAGCCGUCCUUCGGCCUCGGGAGCCUUCCCCGUGUCCAGCUCCUGCCUCCCUG